UGGUGAUCGGGGAGUCAUAGCCGGUGGAAGGGAGACCGACUUUGCGGGCACAAGCAUCAGUGAUGAAGUUACCGGUAACUCAGAUGUCAAGGAGAGCCUGGAACUGGAGUGUAGACGCACCUAGGGAGGCGGUGAUGAAUUUGAGUUGGAAUCGGGAGGAGUCGACGGAGGAGGAGGAGAUCAUGGUGUUGAGGCGGCGUUGUUCGAGGCCUAACUUAACAAGUCGAUCGAGUCGUGCUUGUUCCGCAACAACAUCGAAGAAGAAGAUGGAGGAAGGGUUGGGGAGGAGGGUGGAAGAGCACGAGGCGGUGAUGAUCUCGUCCAACGGGGUGGAGGAUGUCGCCGGUAGAAUAGGCGAGUUCUUCGGUUGUAAGUUUCUUGAGACGGGGGGGUUGGGGGGAGGAAGAUGGUCGAGCCAUGCGGUCCUUGCGUUCCAUACGCAAGAACUGGAUGGUGUUGAGUUCCUCCGAGCUGCGGGACAUCGGGGCGGAGGAGUCGGAGAGGGUGUCGUCCUCAACGAGAAGGGUUGUGAACUCAUCGUCGGAGGGGGAAGCUAUGUCGGUCUCAUCCGUGGAGAUGUUGUGAAAGAAGUGUGGACGGGAGGUGGGUACAAACAUAUUGGACGAAGCGGUCAAACGGGCCGUUUUGGCGAAGCUUGCAAAAGUGCCAGAGAGGAGGGGGACCCACUCAAGGAAGGAGAGGGAGGAAAGGUGUGUGAUGGCAGGGGUGGAAGUGGAAGAAGUGGGGGGGUGGAAGUGGAAGAAGUGGGGGGUGGGGUAGAGUCAUUGGAGGAAAGGGUGGUUGAUGAUGACGAAGGAGGAGGAGAGGUGGAGGAAGGCGUGGUGGUGGAGGUUGGAGUGGAGGAGGUGGUCGGUCCGGAUGUGGAAGGGGGUGGAGUUGUAGUUAACAUGAUGAUGGUCGGAGCUUGUUGCUCGAAGGUGGUCAUGCGAUCGGAGAGAGCGGAGAUAAUGGCUCGCAUGUGAGUGAGGGAGGUUUGAACGGUGGUUUGUACGGUGGAAAGCAUUUGGAGGAUGGCCGAGAGGUUGGUGGCGAUGGUGGGGCCGGCUCGUUGCUCACCUGCAAGUUCACGGGCGAGACUACCGACGGAUUGGGUGUGCAUGGGGCACAUGUUGAUACUGGAAGACUCAGGCAUGGGGUUGGUGGGGGGUGAUGCGACUAUGGUGGCGAUGGCAGUGGUGGAAGUGGCAACAAUGGGUGAGGCGGCAGCGGCGGCAGUGACUGAAGUGGGAGCAGCAGAUGAGGCGACAUCUGCGGCAACAACUUCAGCAACUUUGCACGAGGUGUUGGUUUGGCACAAGGGGGCGGAAGGGGGGGGAAGGGGGGUUGAAGGUUUUUUUUUUUUUAUACAAAAUGAAGAGAAUUUUAAAAU